AUGAGGAGUGGACAUGAGGAGUACCGAUGCGGCACCAGACAGCGCGCCACGCUCGGCACGCACCUGCCGCCGCCGCCGCCGCCGCGCCGAGCCGAGCCCCGCGCCCCACGCCCCCGGGAGCCGCCGCGGCCCGGCCAUCGCCCGAGGUCGCCGCCAGAGCCGCCGGAGCCGCCGGGCCAAGGCGCGGGCGCCGCAUCCAGGCCUGCCUUUGAGACAACCUCUGCGGCGGCGGCGCGCGGCCCGGCCGGGGACGCCAGGCUGGGGCAGCUCGGGCCCGGUGCAGGCCUCUCCUCUGCUCCCGCCGCUGCCGCCGCCGCCGCCGCCGCCGAGCUUGCAGCCCGGUUCCUUCCGCAGCCAGGGCUCAGGCUAGCUGCCUUCCCUGGGCGCCCUGUCCUGGAGCCAUGGGGCCCACCUAGCCCCUGCCUGCCCGGAUGUCCCGGCCCCGGGACGGCUGAUCUCGGCUGCAGGGGGACACCCCCCAACGCCCCCUCGCCAGCCUCAGCAGCCAGAGACCCUGGGUGA